CCGCCGGCGGCCGCGGGUGGAGGGGGCGGUUCCUCGAGUGUCGGUGGCUGGAGGGUGGGCAGGUUGGCGGCAGGUUCCGCCGCCGCCGCCUCCGCCGCAACCUCUUCGGAGUCCUGGGUCUUCUCGUCCUCUCGUGGUGAUGAGCUGGGCCCCGUCGGGGGCGGCACCUGCCGGCUGCCCAUCACCCCGGGCCUCCCGGCGUGACCUCGGCCGCCUCGCGUGCCCGGUCCCCGCGUCGCCGUGCUUCCCCUGAGAGGGAGCGGCAGCUGCCUCCUCCGCCCCGAGUCCUCGCUCGGGGGCCGCGCGAGGACAGCGCCCGGCCCCCUCCCCUCCCCCGUCCGCCGUCCUCAAUGUCUCCCCGGCGGGGAGGGGGCUGCCUGGGAGACGCGCUGAGCGGCCCCCCCCGGAGGCCCGUCGGCGGCAACAGCAGCGCCCAGCCCGGUGCCCCGAAGCCUCCCCUGGCGGCGGCGGCGGCCUGGAGGAACCGAGCACCCGCCGCCGGCCGCGGAGCCUCGCAGCCGCCGCCCGGCGCCCGAGGAGAGGGCGGCGGGCGACCCCCGGGGAAGAUGAAGGCGGAGGGUGGCGACCACUCCAUGAUCAACCUGUCGGUGCAGCAGGUCCUGAGCCUCUGGGCCCAUGGGACGGUGCUGAGGAACCUCACGGAGAUGUGGUACUGGAUCUUUCUCUGGGCUCUCUUCUCCUCUCUGUUUGUCCACGGUGCUGCGGGAGUGUUGAUGUUCGUGAUGCUGCAGAGGCACCGGCAGGGGAGGGUAAUCUCUGUCAUUGCAGUCAGCAUUGGAUUUCUGGCUUCCGUAACCGGAGCGAUGAUCACUAGUGCGGCUGUAGCUGGCAUUUACAGAGUAGCAGGGAAGAACAUGGCCCCAUUGGAAGCCCUCGUGUGGGGCGUUGGACAGACUGUACUGACAUUAAUCAUCUCCUUUUCAAGGAUACUCGCCACACUUUGAGGUUUCUGUGGGAAUGUCUUACUUCAAAUAAGGAAACAGAUAUACAGAUUCUCUGAAAACGGCAUUAUUAGCAAGUGGGAAUGAAAUUGUACAAGAAUGUGGAAGGAGCAGGUCAGAACAUAAGGCCUUGAGCUGUGUGGAGAGAUCGCCCUCUGGUGUUCAAGUGAUUGCACUACCGCACUGCACCUUACGUGCCUCCGACCCGGGCAAGGCGCAUUACACUCUGUGAAGCUACAAGAAAAAGCACCUUGUUUAGCUGCCAAUCAGGUUAACAUUGGUGUUGAAUCAUCAUUCUUAACAGUGUUGUGUUAGGUUACAGGGACGUUUUGAAGAAUCGAUAUAUGUGCCAAACUCUUCUUUUUUAAACAUUGAUCAUGUGAAAUUUGCAAGUGUAGAUGUAGAUGAGUGCUGUGAACAUAUUUGACAUGAGUUCAGGUGAUGUGGUGAGAUUUUUUGUUUUAUAAUGCUAAAUCCCGUAUGAAUGUUGCGUACUGAAUCAUUUAAUAUGAGACAAAUUGUUUGAUUUUUACUGUUGAGCGUUUCUGGGAUUGAGGGCUUUCAUAUAAAUUAGGCAUUAUUGUUAUUUAGUUCAUGUGGAAAGUAAUACUUAGUGGAAAACUGCUAAACUCUUUUAAGGAUUCAAAGUAGGUCUGUAGGGUGCAUCCUUUUCACCCACUUAAAUAACACUCUUAAUAGUUUCCCUCGGACACAAACAUUCUACUGAUAUGAAUUUAAAAACAUGGGUCACACAUUGAUUGUAGUUUGUGUGUCAUAAAAAUACAAUUUGAGAAAUUUCUUAUAAAUUUUGUAAGAAAAUAAGUCUGAAAUGCAUGUUGCAUUUUUCGCCCUUCUAAAGAAAGUUUUUGCCAUGUAUCUCAUGGAGAAAACAUCUUUAUAAUUCGUAUCUCAGUGGAAUUAUAUUACUUUUUCAUAUGUCUUAAUUUUUGACAAAACAUAAACAGUCUUUCAUUCUGGAGUAUUAACUAUAUUUAAAGAGUGGCCUAAAUUAGGCUGUGAAAACAAGAAGCUUCAUUUGUAGAUAAGUAACAAGUCAUAUAGGAAGAGUAAUUAUCUUACUUUGGGUGUAUGGUAACAAUUUCUCUAAGUAAAAAUUGGAGUAUAGUAAAUAACUUUAAAAUUCGGCAGUUAAUCUCAGCGUAUCAGUGCAGUAUUGAACUAUACUUGAGUGUUUCAUUUCAGUUCUCCAGCUCUUUAUUUAUGCUGUUAUUUAAGUUUACUAGCAUCUGUGAUGACAUUUAUUAGAAUGAAAAAGUCCUUAGUAUAAAACAUUUUAAGAGGUUUUGGAAAUAUGCAAUUGUUUUUAAGAGGAUAAGAAGUAAGGGAAACACAGAACCUGGCUGAGUUUGUCUCCGACUGAGACUUUUAAAAACACCAGAUACAAUUACAUAUAUGCUAACUCAAAGGAAGAGCCAACUGCAGAAAAUAUGAAGUUAAGGACAGUCCAAAUCUGCAUACUUUACCCUCACUGUUUUAUAACCUAAUUUGGUAACAAUUAAGUUUCUAUUAGUUCUUAUUCAAAUUUAAGAACUUUCUUACCCACGGCACCUUUUCUCCACCAAAAAGCAGGCUAUAUCAACAACUCAGCGAUGAGGAGUUGGGGGUAUUUUGCCAGUAUGGAAGCCAGUUUUGGGGGUUUAUAACACUGUGGCUUGGAAAUUUGUUUUUAAAAAGCCAAGAAGCAACUAUGCAUUCUUAAAGAUCUUUGAAGUAAAUCUUAAAAUUGAUUAUUUUUUGUUAUGUACAAGGCUGAAGUCAUUUUCAUGUAUUCUUUAUAUUCCAGAUGUUUUCCUAAAUUAAAUUUAGGCAUAAAUCUUCCAACUCUAUUGGAGUUUCCCUUUUCUGUUAGACUUGAAUUGUGUUCUUCCUUUACUUUGGUUAUUCUCCAGUAAUUUAAAGUGUCCCUGUUCUUUGGGAGGAGUUAUGAAUAACAUGUUGAAAUUGUUUUAGAUCUACAGAAAUGAAUAUUUAUUUUAACAUACGGUUAUUGUAUGAUUUCAGAGAGCUAUCACAGCAAGGUAACAUGGAGCACAUGAUUCAGAACCUGAAAUUAGCCAGAAAAAUAACUUGGACACAUUAAGUGUAUGGCUGCAUAGACCAAAGAGACUGAAACUCCUGUUUUUACUCUAGAAUGAAAGUGUAAGGAGGUGGAUCAGUUUGUAGAGUGUCCUGCAGUUAUCUCAUUAUCAGGUUGCUUUAUGUUAUGAAGUGUGUGUGUGUGCACGUGCGCGCACAGGGACGUUUUUAACUUUUGGGGGAAUCUUCGGUUUCUUUGCUGUUUUUAGUUACUUCCAUUGGAACUUUGUGCAACUGUUACGUUUUUGAUCUUUUGAAAUGCAGUUGAAUAGUGUGAAUUGAUGAAAUGUCUUAAUAGCUAUUUCUAUGCCAAGAUUUUUUAAAUGUUACUGGUUUUCCUAUAGAGAUAAGAAACGUUUAAUGGUAUAUAUCUACACACAUAUAUAUCAUUAUAUACAUAUAUAUGUAAAGCUGCUACAUAUGAAUAUAGUCUUAAUUGGAAAGCUUUUGUUCAAUGAACACUUUUAUGUUGUAGUGGAAAAUUUGAUAUAUUUGUUCAGUUGAAUGAUCUUUUAAAUAGGUUUGAGGAAGUUUGAGAUUUUUGAAUUUGGGGAAAUUUUUCUUGGUUUAAUAGUGCUGGAGAUCCUUGUUUGUGAUACGACAAAAGCCCUCAUGUAUGUAUUUGGGUUAAACCUUCUUAAAAUUUGUAUGUGACUUGGUAAAUUUUCUUUGUGAUAAAUUCAGGAGGAAAGAGGAAAAUCCUCUGUAGUUUAUACUUCUUUAUUUUAAAAAAUGCUAAAUAAAAUAUUGCUGACAGUGAAAUCAGUUCCCCAAAGAAGAGACUCCUGUGUGCCUGCCCAAACUAACUGCUAAUCAGUUAACACACUGAUUAAAAAUGCCAUAGAGCGGAGUUAGUCAGGGGCCUCAUCUAAGCUACAAGUAACGCUUAAACCUUUUAAAUGAGGGAGGCGCAAGCGGUCUGCCCCGCGGGACAGUUCCACUGGAAUGAGUCCCAGGUGGCGGCCAUGCUCAGUGCUUGCAGGUUAGUUCUUCUUUCUUUAGACCUUAGUGUUCACAGUGUUACCGUUUGUCACCCGUGGUACUUUCUUAGUAUCUGCAGCAUACAUUUCCUCUGUCCCCCAAAAGUGUAAGAGUUGUAUUUUUACUUUAAGUGAGAAAUAAACAGAUGAGCUGCCCUGUGUAUCAUAUAUUUGUGAUGUAAGGAACAGGAAGAAUUUUUUAAAUGUUCUGGAAGACAUCUUUAGAGAAUCUCUGUAAUUAAUAUGAGGAGGGUGGAGCCACCAUGUUAACGUGCCCAAGGUGGCACUUACACACCAACUAAUUCAAUUUUGUAAACAUUUUUGGUGGAUCUACUGUGUACAAAGUGCUGUAUCUAGUAUUUUCUAUAGUAAGUACAGGGAUGACCAAGAUGGGAUUUCUGCCCUCAGUUUACCAAGAGCUACCAAGAUGCUUUAAAUCCUAAAGCAGCUGGGAGGACAUUUUGCUUCUAGUUGACAAUUUAAGUUCUGUUUUCCCCCAAUUCUGAUUUUUCUCAGUUUAUCCACCAAAUGGAAUUUUAGUAACUGAGAUAUUAUGUGACAUAGUGAAGAGAAUGCUAGAAUUUAAGCCAGGGACAUAGAUUGGAAUCCAGGCCCUGUCACUUGUUGACUUCUUCAACAAGAAGAAUAGAAAAGCAGUAUAGUCGGCCCUUCAUAUCUGUGGUUCUGCACUGAAGGAUUCAAACAACUUGGAUUGACAUAUGCAGGAAAAAAAAUUCCAGAAAGUUCCAAAAAGCAAAACGUACAUUUGCCCCACUCCGGCAACUAUUCACAAAGAAUCUGCAUUGUAUUUACAUAGCAUUUACACUGUAUAAGAACGUUGUAAGUAAUCAGAUGACUUAAAGUAUAUGGGAGGAUGUGCACAGGUUAUAUGCAAAUACUACACUAUUUUCUGUAAGGGACUUGAGCAUCCUUGAAUUUUGGUAUCCACAGAGAUCACUCCCCUGCGGAUACUAAGAGACUAAUAAAUAUUUUGCAGUAAGUGAUCAAUGGCUAGUCAUAAUUUUUAAAAAAACUACAUUUUGGAGUACUGAUCAAAUACAUUAUUUUGUAAAAUUCAUUUCUUCCAUUUCCACAUUUUUCCUACAUAUAUUUUAAGAAAGAAGCUAAAAAAAUUCUUUUAUAAUGUUGCCUCCUUUACCUCCUCUCCACCUCUUUAUUUUUUAAAUCACAUAUUUAUCUAAGAGCACUUUUGGGAAUUGGUGGUGAUGGAAAUGGCCAGGGCAGGUGGGAUUUAAUACCAGGUUGUGUUUACCGUGAGUUACAAAAGGAGAAGGGAGACGUGGCCAGGAUCUACUCCUUACUUUAGCUUGCUUGCUGCUUUUGGAUUCAUUCAACCAAUAUUAAUUGAGUCUCUACUAUAUGCAACUUACUAUCCUUGUUUUAGGGAUGGAAAAGUGAUUCCUCCCUCUGUCCACCUCUCUCCCGCCACCCCCGUGUGUGGCUUCCCUGUGUAGUGCCAAUUCUGUGGGAGAACAGAACUGGGCUGCGGUGUCUACCAUGUCCCUCCUUCUAUGGACCAAAGGUGCUUUAGCCCUACUUCUUGUUUGUUUGUUUUUAACUUAAAGGGAAAUACUUUUAUUUUUAAUUUAUGUCUAUUUUAUAAUUCAAGAAGUGAUAAGAUGCUCAGAGUACUUUCUGAAAUAUUCUUAAGGUACUCUUACUGUUACAAAUGUUUCUCUGAGAAAGUCUUAAUCAGAAUUCUUCAAAGAGUGGCUACUUGUUUUUAAGAUGUGAAGAAUGUGGAAAGUUACUGAAGAAAUUCUAGUGACCUAGAUUGCAGAGAAGUUUAGCAACACCUGGGUAAAUAGGCAAAUGAUUAUUUCUUUUAAUAAUCAGGGGUUAAAAUCUCAGUGGUUAAAAUUGACUAGUAAUUUCCCUUCUUAUCCUUUUAUAACAUCGUGGAGGAAGACUCUAAUAGCAUAAAAAGGACAUUAUUUGAUUAAAAAAUGAUAAAUUUUUUUAAAACAUGUUAUAGCAUUUAUAGCGGAGGGAAGUUUAAACAUAGGCAGAAACGUUGGAGGGGUAACGCACAAAAACAAAGACACACUUGGUGAAGCACCUCUAUUAGGUGAAUGCAGCUUCCCCUUAACCUGUUAAGACUAUAUACACUGAGUAUGUUUACUGCUUACAGAACGCGGUGUUUCUUUAUAUGUGAGACUAAACUUACCACAAAGCAUCCUGAAAUAAUACUACAUUUUUGUGUGUGGUGGUAGGUUUGCCCUUCUAACUUAAGGAUCUCUGUUCAGUGUAGGCAAUACAGUGUUUUUGAGGAGGUUGCUGAAGUUAUCUAAAAAUGUUGUCAGUGAACUUGUUAAGAGGAAGUGAUGCUUACUGUAGAAACUAUUUUGAGUAACUGUGGAAAUAUACCAGUUAAUACUUUAUUAAUUAGUGGAAACACCUAAAUUUCUGAGCACACUAAGCUAUGAGCUGGAACUGUCUCCUCCCCCAAGUUUAGGGGACUCGUUUUCACAUUCUUUACAUUCACUGCAUGUAUGUUGAACUUACAUAAUAACCCUUCCUUGAUUCUAAGAACUAAUUUAGCACUUUCUUAAAAAUAUUCCUCCUCCUUCCAGACAGAUGUCACAUGGUAUAGUUUAAACAGAUGUACAGUUUGUUGAUAGACUCAGAAGUGCUGGUUUAGAAUAGAAUGUUCUUAACAGCUUAUGGUUAUGCAGCUAUAAUCUUGCUGAAAAGUAAAUACUAUGAGCAAGUCAAGAAAGCAUGGCCCUCCUACAUGUUUUUUUUUAGAUUAUAUCCUGCACCCAUAUAUAUCUCCCCUCAAUGGUGACAUGACUGUCCCCUUUGGGGGACUGUAUUUAGGAAUGUAACUGAAACUGGAAAGCAGUGUAACGUAAAUACAUAGAAAGAGGAACUAAAAUACAUAAUCACUGUAACUGUAACACUUUUUCUCCUAAAUGUAGUAUAUAUUGGUAAUUUCUAAAAAUCAUCCCCUUUUUUAGAGCCCUGUGUAAAUGAAUGGUAACUUGAUAGUACUAUUGAUGGUGAAAAGUUUCCUUGUUUUUGAAGUAUUUAUAUAUCAUCACUAAGUAUCUUUGGGAAGGAACAUUUUAAAGUUUUCUCCAUAGAAGGCAAAAUACAGGCACUUGUUUGAGUAGUAAUAAAAAAUGAUCUAUUUACUUUUAAUACUGGAUGGCUUGAUAGUCUGCUUGUGGACACUUUCUUAGUAUCUGUGAUACUAGAUGCAUUAAUGGUGGAGGAAUUUUGAAAGUUCUGGCCCUGUCCCAAACACAGACAUGGACACACAAACUACAGAUUUAGAUGAACAAUAUAAAAUUCCACAGUAUUUUUCAUUUUAGUCAAAUAACUUGGUAAAAUUCAUAGGAUUCUACCAUAAAGUAUUAACUCCUGUCUCAAGUCAUUCUAGAAUGAGGGGAUCAACUUUAUCUUAAUCAAUUAAAAUGUUUUUAUUUAUAUAGCAAAAAUAUAGUUUACCUGGUAAGUAUUAAAAACUCACUUACAAAUUGUGUUAAUUCUCAGACCACUGAUGAAUCAUUUAGUAAACCACAGUGCAGGUUUCAAAAGCUAAAUGAUGCCUUAGUGCCUUGGAAGUUAAGAUACUUUUUGCAGAGUGAUUUUAGCAAGGUUCAGAAUUGGUACACCUGUUGCUGAGGAUUCAAAGCUGAGGAACGCUGUAGUUACAUGAGCUCUUUGUGGUUUAAUAAAAAAAUUAGUCCUUUCGCCAUUGACUAUGACAGAUGACAACUGUUUGCAUUACAUUUUCAUGAUGUGGUAUUUGUCUAUUUUUUUCUUUUUCUAAGUAAGUUUGAAAUGGGAAAUGUAGUCAAGACAGUUAAAUGUGGGAUUUUAAAAUUUGGUUUGGUUGUAAACUAGAGAUUCUAGUGUGAACAGUGUGAGCUUUAUAUUGUGGUACAAGGGAGACACUUCACGUAACUUUUAGGAAUAUGUUUACCAUCAGGGAUUUUUUUUUUAACUAUAGAAAUAAUGUACUGUGAAGCUUAAAGACAGGAAGAAGAAACAAUGGAGGGGUAACGCACAAAAACAAAGGCAUAUGUGAUGAAGUAUCCUACAUUAUGUGAACACAGUUUUCCCCCUUCUGUUAAGACUAUAAACUACCCUGUAUGAGUAUGUGUACUGCAUGUUUACAUAAUACAGUUUAAUUUUGGAGGGUUAUUUAAAAAGUAUGUUUAUUUAUAAUACCUAACAAGCUGUAAAUAUUGUAUACUAUUGAUUUUUAAUUUUAUAUAAGCAAUUUUUUAUUUCCAAUUCGUGUGUAAAGCUCAUUGUGUAUAUAGCAUAAAUUUCCUGGAGAACACAAAUUUUGCAGUGAAUUUUAAUUAUUUAAUUGUGGUAAGCAUCAGGUUAGCCUUAGAAAUGUUGAUCUUUAUUUUAAAUUAUUUUUCACCACUCAUUUUCUUCAAGGGGCAGCAAUAAAUAUAUGCAAGUUAUGUUUGAUUUAGAAAGUUGGUCUGCAAAGACAAGAUCUAGGUUCCAAUUCAUUGCUUUAAAGAAAAGAUGCACAAUUAAUAUCAUCCACUGUCUAAUCUCAGGACCAUUUCUGAGGUCCACAUGUGUCUCUCCUCUUUGUAAUAUACAGGGUGAACUCUUUACUGAUACACACAAAACAACUGUUAAAAGUGAACCCAGCACUUAAAUGUCAUUACACAGAAUUUAUUGGAUUAAAAAUUUGUAAUAUACAAUAUUUUAAUAAAGUUUCUGUAUUCAAUUUCAUGCACUUAUAUAUAAAUAAACCUGUCUUAAAAGCUUUA